UUGAAAUUAAAGGAUGUUAUACAAUAAGAUUUUUAUAAAUACAAAAGAGUAGUACAACAUUUGAUAUCUUGAUUCUUGAAUCACAUCCUCUCUACUUGUUCAAAAAUUAUUUUUGUUCCAAUUCCUCUCUGUAUUGACUUGAUGGCAGCUUCUACUGCUGUAAUUUCUCUACUUCAAACUCUUGAUCAACCAAAUAUUUCAGAACUCUAUCAUGGUCACACUGCUGAUACGCUCGAUUCUCUUCGUGCCACAUCUGAGUAUUUUCUAGAUGUUCUUGAAAAAUCUAGCUAUAAGAGUGGGAUUGACAUUGAAAAAAUCAAAUCUUUGGAGGAAAAAAUUAUCGUUGUUUCUAGUGAGGCGGAGUAUGUUGUUGAAACAAAAAUUUCAGAAAUCAUCAAAGGCGACAGCUGGACAUUUGGAAUUUUACAACACCAGGAUAUGCUACCAGUUGUUGAAAAAAUGGAUAAUACAAAGAAACAAGUGAUGGAGAUUCUUUCUCAUGAUGAUGCUGAUCAAAUUCUUGAUGGUGACUUGAAGAUAAUAGAUAAAUGAUUGAGAGGACCAACGUCGGAUCUAGACAUUGUCACCAUAUCAGGUAUGGGUGGCAUUGGCAAAACAACACUCGCUAAAAAAGCUAAUGAUCAUCUUCCAAUCAGGUAUCACUUUGACAUUUUUGUUUGGGUUACAAUAUCUCAAGAAUUUCGAUAUAGAAAUGUAUUUGUUAGAAGCUUUGUUGGGUUUUAGCAAGUGUGAAUGGAAAAGAAAAGAGAGAAUAUGAAAAGUGAGGGAACUACUUUGGAGGGAAAAUGAAAAGUCAUUUGCAAAGUGCAAAUGAAAAGUCAUUUCUUAUAA